GCCAUUUUUUCACUAAAAUGGUUUCCUAAAUCUCUCAAAUAAUAGUCUUCUACUUAGUUUUUCAGCCAUCGUUAUCUUUUGAGUAUUUUCUUAAAAGUUGGUUUUUGCAGUCUGUAUGUACUAUUUGUUGGACUGAAAUAAGAAGUUAGAACUUGUUUGAGUGUUUCUCCAGAGGAGAACAUAGUUGGUAGAAGCCAUGGAGGAAAAGAGUGAUAUGGAUAAAGGAGAUGAGAUCAUGUUGCCGGGUUUCCGGUUUCAUCCGACGGAUGAGGAGUUAGUAGGGUUCUAUCUGAGGAGAAAGAUACAGCAAAGGCCACUUUCUAUUGAGCUCAUCAGGCAGCUAGAUAUCUACAAAUAUGACCCCUGGGACCUCCCAAAGAUGGCGACAACUGGAGAGAAGGAAUGGUAUUUCUACUGCCCCAGGGAUAGAAAAUACCGCAACAGUGCGAGGCCUAACAGAGUCACAGGAGCUGGAUUCUGGAAAGCUACAGGAACCGACAGGCCCAUAUACUCCUCUGAAGGAACUAAGUGCAUUGGGUUGAAGAAAUCUCUAGUCUUUUACAAGGGAAGAGCAGCCAAAGGGAUGAAGACUGAUUGGAUGAUGCAUGAGUUCAGGCUUCCAUCUCUUACUGAUCCAUCAAUCUCCAAAAGACCUGUUGACAAGAACUUCAUCCCUGCCAAUGAAUCAUGGGCCAUCUGCAGGAUCUUCAAAAAAACCAACACCUCAACACAAAGAGCGCUGUCACACUCUUGGGUAUCUUCACUGCCAGAAUCUACAGAUUUAGAUAAGUUCUCUAUUCCACGUGCUAUGAACCUGACACACUUUGCAUCAGAGAACACCUCCUGCAGCACAGAAAUUGGAUCUGCGAUCCAGUUCGGAUGUAACAGUACUGGAUUAGAACAUCAUGGCAGUGCAGUAACUUAUCCUUCCUUGGAUUUUGCUAACUUUAAGUCCAUAAACCUGAGCAGUUGCAAGUCAUCUGAAAUGCCCACAAGCUUCAUGUUCUCCCCGCCGGAAACAUCAAUGCCUAUCAAGCCAUCAGUAGAUGUGACCUCCAUGCUCCUGAACUUAUCCCCCAACAUACUUCAGGAUAUGGAGAAAUCUUCUCCAAGUAUAGACUUUGAACAGCCUCACCAGACUAAUGGAUUCACUGUUACAUUUCCAUUAGAGGCAAAUGGGAGCUUGGUAACAGAUGAAGAGGAGAUGAUUUCUAAGAAGAGUCUGAGUUGCAUCACAGGUGGAAAUAAUCAGUGGGGAAAUCUGAGGACUAUGAAUUUUCCAUUCAACCUCACAAAUUCCUCUGAUGACUGGAAGCUGAACCUGCUGUGGGAUUCUGCACUGUGUCCCAGUGAGAUGUCAACGGGUUAUUCCACCAAUAAAUGUUAUACUUGAAAAGUGUUUCUGUUUUAGGCUAUUUUGGUGACCUUCGUCUGUUAGCAUUACUGUUAGCAUGGAUUAUUGAGUUGCAUGUGGGAGAAAAAUGGCUAUGAAUUGAUGUAUAUAUUUAUUGUAAAGCCAGCUAACAGCAAAGCUAACAGAUUGUGA